CACCGACUGACCCAAGAAAACGCCGAGCUGCGGAGUAACGUAGUUCUUACCACCGAAUCCCCACCAAUAUCGGCCGAACUACCUUCCCGCCAAUCACCAAGGAAAGAUCCCACCUUUCCCCAGUGGCAAGCCGAAGUGGAAGACCGACUUAACCUAAACUCGGACCACUUCCCUACGGAACGCCACCGGAUGGCCAUGGUGUAUAGCCACACGUCGGGUGAUGCCAAGAGAUACCUCGAACCCAAGUACCUAUCAAAGACGGAAGGGUACCGGUUCAAGAAUGCGGAGGAAAUAAUCGAGCUGCUUAGAUCAUACUUCGUAACUAGCAAUGAGCAGGCGGAGAGCCGAGCCGCUUUCCACAAUCUACUUAUAAAAGAUAGAGAGCCGUUUUCAGAGUUCAAAGCUCGUUUUAUUAGUCUCGCUAUUAAAGGACAUAUAUCGGAACUGGAGUGGCCCUUCUAUCUCUAG